AACUAACUGAGUAAAUUUGUGUCAUGAUUUUAAGUGUUUAUUGAUAUUUGCAUUAUAUAUGUAAUUGAAACAACUAAACGUGAAUUUUCUUAAUAAAUAAUCAAAAAUGGCAAAAGAUACUAUGAAUGUAUCUGGAUCUAUGUCUUCGAAUAAUCGUUUAGAAAUGCAGGAUUUUCCAGAAGAAAGUACAAGUCGGAAAAGAAAAUUUAUAAUGUGGGGCUUGGGUAUAAUGUUAUUGAUUGGAUUAUUAAUUGGAGUUACUGUACUAGUGCUUGCUGAACACCCACCAGAAAGUGAACAAUUGGGAAGAAAAGAAAAAAUUACUUUAGAAGAUAUACUUACAUAUACAUUUUACACAAAACGUUUUAAUGGAACGUGGCUAUCAGAUACCGAAAUAUCAUUUCAUGAUAAUGUGGACGAUAUAUACAUAUUCGAUAUACUCACUAAAAAUAAAACGUUAUUAGUUCCAAAAAUUGAUCAUCCAGCGUUAGAAAAUUAUUCGAAUGCAAUCCUGUCCCCAAGUCGUAAACAUAUAUUAAUCGAACGUAAUCCACGAAAGUUAUAUCGACGUAGCUAUUUAGCUGAAUAUUUUAUUGUUAACGUUGAAACUAAAACUGUUACACAAUUAAUCCAUGGAAAAGAAAAAGAAUUUCAACUAGCACUUUGGGUGCCAAAAAAUGAAAGACUUGUAUUCGUUUCUAAUAACAAUAUUUUCUAUGUACCAGAUGUAGAUCGGCUUAGAGACUAUAUUCAAAUAACGAAUACUGGACAGCCUGGUGUGUUUUAUAAUGGAAUAACUGAUUGGGUCUACGAAGAGGAAGUAUUUAGCUCAAAUAAAGCAUUAUGGAUAUCUCCAAAUGGAAAAUAUAUGGCAUUUGCUACUUUCAACGACGCACGUACACGCAUAAUCCAAGUACCAUAUUACGGUAUUCCUGGUGAUUUAGCUUUUCAAUACCCGUUAGAACAACAAAUUCGUUAUCCUAAAGCUGGUACUACUAAUCCAAUUGUUGAGUUAAUUGUCGUUAAUUUAGAUACAAUCAUCAAUAGUACUGAAGUACAAUUAAAAAAAUUACCAAUCCCCGAGUCAUUACAAACUAGUGAUCCAAUUUUGUCAGUAGUUUCGUGGGCAACGGACGAAUCUUUAAUUGCUUUCUGGUUGAAUCGAGUACAAGAUACGGCUAAUAUUGCCACAUAUAAUUUAAAAAAUAACACUAAUGAGAUUGUACAAAGCUUAAAAAACAAAAAUGGAUGGUUGGACUUAUUUACACCACCAAUUAUAUCUACUGAUGGAUCUAAAUUUUUAUUGAUUUUAUCACAAGAUCAAGGGAAUAAUACUGGUGGAUUUUCUCAUAUCACACUAUUUGAUCGUAAACAGAAUGCUAAACAACAAGUGUUAACUCAAGGAAAAUUUGUUGUAACUGAAAUUUUGAAAUGGGAUGAGAAAGAAGAAAUUAUAUAUUACAUAGCAAAUGAAGAAAACGAUCCAGGAAUUCAACAUUUAUACAAAGUAAAAACAAAAUUACCAACACAAACGGAAUGCAUCACUUGUACGCUGACACUGCCAAUAUACCAAUCAGAUUCAGAUAAUGAAAUAGAUAAUACCAAUACAAAUGGAAAUAGGAACGAUAUUUGUUUAAAAAAUAAUGCUGACUUUAGUGUAAACAAUAAUUAUUUUGUUUGGACAUGUGACGGACCAAAUGUACCAUUUAGUGCAAUUUAUAAUACAAAGAAUUUAACGAAAUUAUUUUUAUGGGAAGAUAAUUUAUCUGUUAAAAAUGCUGUUUUACGUAAAGAUAUGCCACAAUCUAAACGAUUUAAAGUCAAAAUCAAUGAAGAAUUUGAUGCACAAGUACGAUUAACACUACCACCAGAUAUGGAUACAACUGGUCGUACAAAAUAUCCAAUGUUGGUUAACGUAUAUGCUGGUCCUGGAUCAAAUCAAAUUGAAGAGCGGUUUACCGUAGAGUGGGAAAGUUAUUUAUCAUCCAGUAAAAAUUUUAUAAUUGCCAAAAUUGAUGGACGUGGCAGUGGUCUAAAGGGUGACCGUAUGAUGCAUUCCAUUUAUCGUCGUUUGGGUACUUACGAAAUUAUUGAUCAAAUUAAUGUGACUAGAUCUAUUCAAAACCAAUUUGAUUACAUAGAUACUUCUCGAACAGCUGUAUGGGGAUGGAGCUAUGGUGGAUAUGCAACUGGGAUGAUUUUAGCAAAGGAUAAGACAAAUGUAUUCAAAUGUGGAAUGUCUGUAGCACCUGUAACCGACUGGACUCUUUAUGAUUCAAUUUACACAGAACGUUACAUGCGUUUGCCAGUGCCAUCAGACAAUUUAAAGGGUUAUGAAAACAGUAAAUUAUUAAAUCAAGUUGAGGCGCUACGAAAUAAAACAUACUUUUUAGUCCAUGGUGUUAUGGAUGAUAAUGUUCAUUAUCAACAAUCAAUGAUGCUGUCACGUGUAUUGGAACGUAAUGACAUCAUGUUCCGUCAAUUAAGUUAUCCAGAUGAAGAUCAUGGUUUGGCUGGUGUACGAAGACAUUUGUAUCACAAUUUGGAAAACUUUUUAGAUGAGUGUUUAGAUAUAAAAACGAAACAGAGCAGCUAAAAUCAAAACAUUCAAAUAUAAUAUACUGCUCCGCAAAAGGCACAUUUAAAAAAAAAAUUUAGUUUUCUCGAAAUUUCCUCGAAAUUUCAAAUUUAUAGGUGUAGGUAUAUUCAGGUGUAGGUAUAUCUUGGCGAAAAAUGAUUGGAUCCGAAUGAAAUAUAGUUUUCAUUAGAUAGCUUGCACUUUCUAGUUUUUGAAACAAUAUCUUAAACAUUUUUAUCACGAUAGAAUUAGACAAGGUAUGUUCGAUGGAGGACGAGUUUUGUUUCAGUGGACACCAAAGUUUUAUCCUAAGUUGUACUCUCACGGGUAAACAGUG